CUUUAUAAUGUUUGGUAAUCUAGAACAUGGUAAUCCAAACCCCGGUCUGGAAACCGGAGCAGGUCUGUAGGUCUUUUGGUACUGGGCCACAGUGGGACUCAGUGAAAACAUUACAGCAGUGGUACACUUAUGUCCAAUGUGCCUUAUUCCAUUGGAAGGCCAUCACGCCCCUCCUGGCAUCUCACCACCCCACUAUUUGACAAGUACUGCUUUAGUGCAUCAGUUAAAUCUUAAAUUACCUAUAAUAUUAUUAAGUAAGUACUUUAUGAGAUAAGUAAUAUUGAUAUUUUAAUCCCAUGGAAUCGAUAAUCCUGUCACUAUUAAACAGUAGACCCAUCUUUCUUGAAGCCAUAAUUCUGUUACUGAUGAAGGUAUCCAAUUGGAGUUUUUGGGAGUUUUUUCUAGGCCAGUGCAGUUGUCUCCUUCCAAAUCAGGAGAUCUAUUGUUUGUUUGUUUUUAUUUUAAUUAUAAUCUUCAUCCUUUGUUAACAGUUUUCACCCUACUGUGUUUCCCUCAACAGGUGAAUGGUACCACUGUAAAUCUGCCAAUCACACUGUCUUCUAGUGUUUCUGUGCAUAAGUCAGGAAAGUACUACACUGUGUCCAUGACCUUUGGCGUGACAGUCCGCUAUGAUGGAAACCACUACAUGGACAUCAAAAUAAUCAAAGAUUAUCAGAGCUUGCUGUGUGGCCUGUGUGGAGACUAUGAUAAAGAUACCAAGGAUGACUUCCGUAAGCCAGAUGGAUCACUUACUAGCAAUGCUAACGAGUUUGGGAACAGCUGGAACACAGAUCCUGAGUGUAAUAAAAGUCCCAACACAACCGUCCCUGGAUGCAGUGAACAAGAAGAGGACCUGUAUGAGAGCAAUAGCUACUGUGGCAUCCUGCUGGACAAAAAUGGACCAUUUGCUGUGUGCCACCCCAAAGUCAACCCCAAUAAUUUCUUCAAGGACUGUGUCUUUGACCUGUGUGAGGUGGAUGGAGCCCAGCGCAUUCUGUGUGAAGCCAUUGAAGCCUAUGUAAAUGAAUGCCAGGACCGCGGCGUCAACAUCGAACCCUGGAGAAAUACAACCUUCUGUCCUUUUCACUGCGAAGCCAACAGCCACUAUGAGCCCUGUGCUAACCCAUGUCAGGAGACAUGCAGUGGAAAACCUUCAAACUGUGGUGGACCCUGCUCUGAGGGAUGUGUGUGUGACCCUGGGUAUGUCCUGAGUGCAGGCAAAUGUGUCAGUAACAGCUCCUGUGGCUGCAACUACAAUGGCCAGUACUAUGAGAAAGGAGAGGAGUUUUUGGUGGAGAACUGUGAGCUGAAGUGUAAGUGUAACGCUCCCUUUGUCACUUGUUCGGCCCAUGACUGUCCUGCAAUGCACGAGUGUAAACUCCAAAAUGGGGAACUGGGCUGCUAUCCUACUGGAUCUGAAGACUGUGUGAUCUCCGGGGAUCCUCACUACAACACAUUUGACAAAAAAUUCUUCAGCUUCAUGGGAACAUGUACCUACACUCUGGCCAGAAACUGCAAUAACACCACAGGGCCUUGGUUUUCUGUGGAGGGGAAGAAUGAGGAGAGAGGGCAGCCAGGGUUGUCAUACUUGAAGAAACUUUACGUCACUGUGGAUGGAAUCACUGUGACACUGAUGAAGUCCAGAAGAACAUUGGUCAGUGAUGGGCGACGAGUGGCCCUCCCUCACUCCCCCUCUCCUCUUAUGUCCAUCAGUCUUGCUGGUCAGUACAUCACUGUGCAGACUACCUUUGGCCUUCAGGUUCGCUGGGACGGAAACCACUAUGCAAAGAUCACAGUCCCCAGUUCCUACCAUGACCAGAUGUGUGGCCUAUGUGGCGACUACGAUGGGAACCCAAACAAUGACUUUACCAAACCUGACGGCACCCAAGUUGGGAAUGUGAACGACUUUGGAAACAGCUGGCAGACAGCAGAUGAUGAAGAUGAGGAGUGUAAACAAGGUACCAACCCUGACCCAGAAUGUGACCCGAAUCUUGAAGCUGAGGUGGUGAAACCAGAAAAAUGUGGAAAGAUCACAGACCCUGCUGGACCCUUCAGACACCCAGUUGAAGACCCAGGACAUGCUGGAGAGACUAUGUUGCUCGGCUGGCCUGGGAAUGUCUUUGGGAUCCUCCUAGAAGAGCUGGAAGAAGUAUCUGUGGAGAGGCAAGUCUGGGCCUCCCUGUUCAGACUGCUGUCCCUGCGACCCUGGGUCGAGUGUCCCUCGGGCAGUGAGCACAACCACUGUGGCCCUGCUUGUCCUCAGCCCACUUGCCAGAACCCUGCUGGCUCAGGAGGCUCCUGCAAUGAGACGUGUGUGGAAGGAUGUUUCUGCAAACCUGGCUUUGUUCUUAGUGGAAAUCAGUGUGUUCCUCUCAGUGAGUGUGGAUGCACCGAUGAAGAUGGAAAGUACCGGCCGGUGGGAGAGGACUGGUACCUGGAGGGUUGUAAGCAGAAGUGUAUGUGUCAUGGUGGUGGCAACAUCGAGUGUAGUAACACUACAUGUAAACCAGUCACCGAGAGCUGCCAGCUACACGAGGGAGAAUACGAAUGCAGACCCGUGGGCACUGGCAUCUGCUCAGUGAGUGGCGAUCCUCACUACAACACUUUUGAUAAGGUGACUCAUCACUACAUGGGAGCCUGCUCCUACACCCUUACCAAAGUCUGCAAUGUCUCCUCCGACCUGCCGUACUUCAGUGUGGACACGCAGAACGAGCACAGAGGAAGUAACAAGAGAGUGUCCUAUGUCCGAGCCGUGGUUGUCAAUGUGUACGGCGUGACAGUUAUCUUUGGAAAAGGACGCACAGUCCAGGUUAAUGGGACGGCGAUGACCCCACCAGUCACCUCCAUCAGAGGAGUCCACAUUUAUCUGAGUGGAAAGUUUGUGGUCCUGGAGACCGACUUUGGCCUCAAAGUCCGUUUUGAUGGUAACCACCACGCUGAUGUCACUGUGCCCAACUCCUACAGUGGCAAGCUCUGUGGCAUGUGUGGAAAUUACAAUGGAGAUAAGAGAGAUGACAACUUGAAACCAGACAAUACACCAGCUGCUAACACCAAUGAGUUGGGAGAUAGUUGGCAGGUUCCAGAUUCACGGCCAGACUGCACCAAUGGUGGAGGACAGGAGGAUUGUGACAAAGACGUAGAGGAGGAAGCCAAGAAGCCCACAAACUGUGGCAUGAUUUCUGAUCCUAACGGCAUCUUCAAGCCCUGCCAUGCUGUGGUGCCACCGGGUCCUCACUUUGAAAGCUGUGUGUAUGACAUGUGUGCCAAUGAUGGUCAGACUGUAGCCUUGUGCCAGGCCAUAGAGAGCUACGCUGACCUGUGUGCUGCUGCAGGAGUUCCCAUUGACUGGAGAAAGAACAACACCUUCUGUCCCAUCAAGUGUCCCUCGGGCAGUGAGUACAACCACUGUGGCCCUGCUUGUCCUCAGCCCAGCUGCCAGAACCCUGCUGGCUCAGGAGGCUCCUGCAAUGAGAAAUGUGUGGAGGGAUGUUUCUGCAAACCUGGCUUUGUUCUUAGUGGAGAUAAAUGUGUUCCUCUCAGUGAGUGUGGAUGCACCGAUGAUGAUGGAAACUACCGGCCGACAGGAGACACUUGGUUCACAAAAAGGGACUGCUCAGAGCGCUGUAGGUGUAACGGCAACAACACCACCACAUGUGAGCCAUGGCAGUGCAGCCCUGCACAGGAGUGUAAGGUGGUGGACGGAGUACUGGAUUGUCACUCUACAGGUAAAGGAGUGUGUCAUGUGGCUGGAGAUCCUCACUACUACACCUUUGAUGGAGUCAUGCACACAUUCAUGGGCACAUGCACCUACACGCUUGUGCAGGUGUGCAACACCACCCAGGUCACCACUUUUAAGAUUGUAGGUAAAAAUGAGGAGCGUGGCCAGUCUGAGGCCUCCUAUCUGCGCUCUGUCAAAAUCUACCUCCCUGGUGAUAUUGUUAUCGAACUGCAGAAGAGCCGCAGAGUGUCGGCAAAUGGAAGGAGAGUGAAAACACCAUAUACUACCGAUGUAGCUAAGGUCAUAACCAGUGGAGCCUACAGUUUGGUGGACACUACCUUCGGCCUGCAGGUGAAGUUUGAUGGAGUACAUCACCUGGAGAUAACUGUUCCUGGAGAAUACUUCAACAAGCUUUGUGGUAUGUGUGGAAACUACAACAAGAACUCCUCUGAUGAUAACCUGAUGCCCAACAAGAUACCAGCCAAGGACGUGAUAGAACUGGGCAACAGCUGGAAGUCGGAAGGAGACAGUGAUCCAGGCUGCCAGCCAGACACUCGUCCAGACAUCCAUCCCAACUGCACUGCAGAGGAGGAGAAGUUGUAUGAGUCUCAGUGUGCAGCUAUAAUUCUUUCUGACAAGUUCAAUCCCUGCCACACUCUGUUGCCCCCUGAAGCUUUCCUGGGUAACUGCAUCUAUGACAUGUGCGAGUACAAUGGAAUGCAGGCAACCCUCUGCGACAAUGUGGAGGCUUACGCUCAGGCGUGCCAGAGCGCAGGGGUCACCAUCAAAUGGAGAAAUUCCACAUUUUGUCCCAUGCCCUGCGCAGCCAACAGCCACUACUCUGACUGCACACCUCCAUGCCCUCCAACUUGCUCGGACUUCUUCCCCACCACCUGCCAUCUCCCACCUGCCACCUGUGUAGAGGGCUGCAUGUGUAAUGCUGGCUUUGUGCUCAGCGAUGGCAACUGUAUCCAUAUGGACCAGUGUGGUUGUGUAGACAAGGAUGGAGAGUACCACGAAGUGGGAGAUUCAUGGCUGACAGACAAAUGUGUUGAGUCAUGCAAGUGUGAAAGAGGAGGCAAAAUUAACUGUAAAGACCACAGCUGCCAUGCAGAGUCGGUGUGCGACCUGGACAAAUAUGGGAACAUCUACUGUAGACCUGCCAAGUUUGACCGGUGUCAGAUCUCUGGAGAUCCUCAUUACAGAACCUUUGAUGCCUUCAGCCAUCACUUUCAGGGACCGUAUACAUAUGUUCUGACUCAGGGAUACAACCUUCAAUCCAAUCAGCCUCCUCUGUUGGUUAGAGGGAAAAACAUCAGGCGUGGAGGAAACAGGAAGAUAUCCUUCCUGGAUGAAGUGUAUACCGAUGUUUAUGGAGUUUAUGUCCGCUUCAGACAGAAAAAGAUAGUCUUGGUGAAUGGAGAACUUGUUGCACCUCCGCUCAGUCCAGUUCCUGGCUUGACCAUCACAAUGAACUCCAUGUAUGUGCAGCUCACCACUGACUUUGGACUCACUGUACGCUAUGAUGGCAAAACGCGUGGAGAGAUCAUCCUGCCCAGCACCUACAGGCACUCCGUUAGAGGAUUGUGUGGAAACUACGAUGGUAUCACCAGAAACGAGUACAUGAAGCCAGAUGGGACAGUGGUCAGAAAUGUGAAUGAUUUUGGAGAAAGUUGGAGGGUCGGUGACCGUCAGGGUGAUGGAGCCAGGAUCUCCAAUCUUCCAUUCACCGUCCAUGCUCACAGGCGUGAGGUGGAGACUGACCUUGACUCAGGAUUUGUGACAUCAGACUGCUCUCAGUCCCAGCUUAACGAUUACAGCAGCCUGUCACAGUGCGGUGCCAUUUCUGAUCCCAGUGGCGCCUUCUCUGCCUGCCAUGCCACUCUCCCACCACAAACCUUCCAGGAUGACUGUGUGUAUGACCUGUGUGCUGAAAGUGGAAACACACUGCUGCGCUGUAUCAGUCUCGAAGCUUAUGCUGUAGCCUGUCAAGAAGCUGGAGUCAAACUGGGAGCCUGGAGGCAGGGCUUGAACUGUGCCCUCAACUGUGAUGUCAACAGCACCUAUUCAACGUGCAUGUCUCCGUGUCCUGCCUCCUGUGCUGACCUGGCAGCACCCUCAGAGUGUGAAGUCACAUCCUGCAUGGAGGGAUGCCAGUGUGUCCCUGGCUUUGUCAUGAGCAAAGGUUCAUGUGUGGCGUACUCCGAGUGCGGCUGCACCUUCCUCAACAGAUACUACACUCUUAACGAGAAGUUUGUGACUGAAGACUGUUCUCAGAGCUGUGAAUGCACCAGCACGGGCGCCGUGUGUGAGCCCAAGAGCUGCCAAAGUGGACACGUGUGCGCCAUCUAUGACCUCAAAAGGGACUGCUACAGAGCGAGUCCGUGCCUCACCGCUCCUUGUCUAAACGGAGGAAUCUGCACAGAGGGCAGCAACAGCACCUACAGCUGUCAGUGUACAGAGGGCUUCGAGGGCGACCACUGUGAGGUGGAGAAGGAUGUGACUGUAGGCGGAGGACUGGAAACCAAGUGGAUCAUAUUGAUUGCAGUCCUGGUCUCAGCUACCGUCAUCAUCAUUGUGAUCACUGUCACUUGUGUUUGUGUGCGCAAAGCCAAGUCACAGAUUUAUGUAAUUCAGAAGCAGCUCAAGAAUCAACACCACAAAGAGAAAGCCAUGUACCAGGACAGCAAAAUUAGAAUGACGUCAACAAAUGUUCCAUACAAUGAGUAUAAAGCUGACCAAGGACAGAACACCCAGACCAACAUGUGAUAAACAGAAAACUAUCUGACCUGUUAAAAAAAAGGUUUUGACCAGAAAAUUUGAAACUUUUGCCAGGAAAAGAAAGAAAAAUAAAAGCCUAUAGAAAUAAAGAAAAAAGUUUUUGUUGUUUUAAAUUUUAUAAAUAUCUUAUGUUUACACAUGUGUCCAUUAAAUUAUCAGAAGUGUUUUGUGUAAUUUAACAUAUUUUUAAGAAACAAAAAAGAAACUGUGUGUGUAUACUGUAUGUCUUUGUUAACACAUCAGUGACAAACAUUCAGCUUCAAGUAAUCAUAAGUUAAACUUGGUUUGAACUAAGUGUUGCUAACUGACCAAAUGUACACAAUUAUCUGUAACUGAAAAGCAAUUAUGCAGUUGUUAUGGAAUUUAAAUGUCUUAAGAUGUUAGGGUUUGGAUGUGAUUUCUAAAUGCCAACUUCAAAGAAGUGGCUUUUCAAACUGGUGUGAAUAAAUUUAUUGAGAGCAAAGUGAGAAGUGUAUCUAGUU